AUGAUUGGAUCAAGAGCAUUAAGAAGAACAUUGGUAUCUUCAAUCAAUAAGUCAUCAUCUGCUUCAUUUGCAGUUGGUAACAAUAACAAUGUCUUUAGAUACAACUUGUUGAAUGGUACAACAUCAUCAUCAUCAUCAUCAUCAAUGAUGAUGAACAAUAAUAAUGUUGGUAGUAUCAUUGGACAAUCAUUCAUCAACAGAAAUAGUAGAUUCUAUUCAACUGAUAACAAUAAGAAUGAAAUAGUAUAUGAUACUACUACUACAGUACCACAACAAACAAUUCAAUUAACAAAUGCACAAGAAAAGGCAAUAGAGACAGUAGUCAAUUCAACAUCAGAUGUCAGUGUUGGUUCUAUUAUCAGUCAACCAUCAACAACAACAACGACAACACAAAUCAUCUACGACACACCACAAAACCCAAUCAUUGAGGCAGUCUCCAACUUUAACACUGGUAUUGUCGAAUCGAUCAACAACUUUUCAAUCAGCAGUGGGUGUCCAUGGUGGUUGUGUAUUGCCGGUAUGACGGUUGGUCUCCGUUUCCUCAUCUUGCCAUUGACCGUCAAACAACAAAGAUCGGCUGCUGCCAUGGCAUUGGUCAAAGAAGAGAUGGAGAAGCACUCGUAUCUCAACGACGGUACGACCGAAGGCAAGAUGAAGCUCUUUACUCUACAACGUGAGAUUUCAGUCAAACACGGAGUAUCUCCAAUGAAACUACUGUUUGUUGGUCUCGCUCAAGCACCAGCAUACAUCUAUCUCUUUUACAUUAUCCGUUCGGCAUGUGUCGACUUUCCACAAUUUGUAACCAAUGGUGGUCUCCUUUGGUUCCCCAAUCUUUCCAUUGUCGAUCCAUAUGUCUACGCCCUCCCAAUCAUCUCAUCGCUUUUCCAAUGGACUUCGAUGAGAUUAUCAUUCACAGAGACAACUCCCCUCAUCAUGAAGAUUGUCUUUGGUGGUCUUUGUAUUCUUCCACUUUAUUUCACUCUUGAUUUCCCUGCUGGUUUAAAUCUUUACUGGUGUAUCAAUUCAUUAUUAUUUGUUGUUCAAAACUACAUCUUUAAGAAACCAGCAGUCAAGAGAUUCUUUAAUAUCCCAAUUCAUGGAAAACCAACGACCGGCGCCGGUUCAGCCAUGGAGAUUAGAACUGCACCAGAAGUGAUUAAAAAGGUUGCACCAGAAUCCAUCUUCCCAGAGGACAAGGCAAUGAGAUUAGAAAAACUAAAGUUGGAAGUAAAGGAAAAGAAAAAGGAUGCUCUUGGAAGAAGAAAAUAA